UCGAAGAAUGAAGAAGUAGACAUGUUAUUCGCUCCUGCCUCGCCUGACACAAGUGUUCCCCGUAAUCCCCGUUUCGGACCGGGUUACAAGAGAAAAUUCUUGCGUGGAAGCCAUUGCAGCUCUUCUGGAUCCAUUUGCCAAGAUAUAACAUCAUUCCUGUGCUCUACCGCUCCUGCCGGCGGUCGGAGAUAAAAAUUCCAUCUCUGUUCGUUCGGACGGCAUCAAGAGAGUUUUGGCGACGUUAGAUCUGUAGAAGGAUAACUCUCAGCUUCUUAUGGAGGGAGCCUCUGGCGACGGCUUGGGUGCUUCCAAUUCCCUGGAGAAAUGGAAGACCAAUUUCUCCCGAACAUUCCAGCAUUAUCUCGAUCGGUCUACCCCUCAUCCCGUGGGAAGAUGGCUGGGGGCUCUCGGCGUUGCUUUGAUUUAUCUAUUGCGGGUUUAUUUGAUUCAGGGUUUCUACAUCGUCACCUACGGGCUCGGGAUCUAUUUGCUUAACCUUCUUAUUGGGUUCCUAUCUCCGAUUGCGGAUCCCGAGAUUGAGGGCUUGGAUGGAGCGUCGCUUCCCACCAGGGGUUCGGAUGAAUUCAAGCCAUUCAUUCGGCGCCUUCCAGAGUUCAAGUUCUGGUACUCGAUAACUAAAGCCAUCUGCAUCGCUUUUGUCUUGACCUUUUUUUCUGUCUGCGAUGUUCCGGUGUUUUGGCCUAUUCUUCUAUGUUACUGGAUCGUUCUUUUUAUUUUAACUAUGAAGCGGCAGAUUAUGCACAUGAUCAAAUACAAAUAUAUCCCAUUCAGUUUAGGGAAGCAGAAGUAUACUGGGAAGAAGGCUCCAGCAAACGGCAGUCCGCCGCAGUAAUUCUGGAGACUAGCGUGGCUCUCUUAUUUUAGGAUUCUAAUGCGAUAUGUACCUUAUUGCUUUCAUAUUUGCUAACGAAAACCUAUCAUUUCAAUAUGCUUGCCUUAAGCUCGAUAUCUUUUAGUGUUCAACUCUUAACUAAUCAUGA